UCAACGUCCAAUAUCGCCUCCCCAAUACUACUUAUAUAUAAAUUAGGUAAUGGAGUAAGAAUCUACGUCGAUUAUAAGGGUAUUAAUAACAUCUCUCUAAAAAACCGCUACCUAUUACUGUUAAUUAAGGAAAUUCUAAAUACUAUCUAUAGAGCGAAAUAA